AUGACUCAGGAGGAGGAGGACGAGGAGCGGGCGCUGGAGGAGCAGCUGCUCAAGUACUCGCCCGACCCCGUGGUGGUGCGCGGCUCCGGCCAUGUCACCGUGUUUGGACUGAGCAACAAAUUUGAAGCAGAAUUUCCUUCAUCUUUAACUGGAAAGGUUGCACCAGAAGAAUUUAAAGCCAGCAUCAGUAGAGUUAACAGUUGUCUUAAGAAAAACCUUCCAGUUAAUGUACGAUGGCUACUUUGUGGAUGCCUUUGCUGCUGCUGCACUUUAGGUUGUAGUAUGUGGCCAGUUAUCUGCCUCAGUAAAAGAACACGAAGAUCGAUUGAGAAGUUAUUAGAAUGGGAAAACAAUAGGUUAUACCACAAGCUGUGCUUGCAUUGGAGACUAAGCAAAAGGAAAUGUGAAACGAAUAACAUGAUGGAAUAUGUCAUCCUUAUAGAAUUUUUACCAAAGACACCGAUUUUUCGACCAGAUUAGCAUUUACUUUAUUUAUAGAGACUUAUCCAAGUAUGUUGUCUUUCCAAUGGUGCCUUGCUUGGUGCUCUCCUGGUGGUGACAUAGCAUUGGUUCUACAGACUCUUGUGGUGUUUGCAUUCUUUUCUGUUUGUUUAUUUUUUAUUUUUUAUUUUAUUUUUGUUUUUUUUUUAAUAAGAGCAUGUCCUAAGUGCAUUCGGUCAAACUUUGCAAAAGUCAUUUCAUGCACAUGUUAACUACUACUUAAGUUAUUACUUUUACUUCUUUGUUUUGUUAAUGUAUCUUGAGUUUCAAAGUCUUUUAUAUGUGUGCGCGCGCGUGUGUACAUAUAUAUAUAUAUUACUAUAAAUACACAGCUGAAAAUGGUCUACAAGUGAGCAGGUAUUUUUUUACCCCAAAAUGACACAACUGAUUGACCGUACUUUGUGCAAGUCCUUUUAAUUAUUAAUUUAUGUUUUGGAAGCAACUUCUAUGAUUUACCAAAAGUUUUAUCAGUGACACGUCAGCUGUAAAUAUUUUUGGUUUCCUUUUGGGAUAUUGGCUAGCCAUUUCCAUCAGGAGGGUGAGGAAAAGUUCUUUUUGAAACUGCUUUUUGGAACCCCAGUGUCACUGCAUUGGUAGAAAUCUUUGCGCUUUUCRUGAAGAAAUCCUCUCAGCUGGUUCUGAAAAAGUUAAAGGUAAAUAAAUGAAAAAUAGAAUUAUUUUAUUCAGAUUAGAAAAAUCGCAGAGAGAAUUGCAUGCAUCUGCCAGUAGAGCUCAGGAUCACAAAAAUAUGUUAGUACUGCAGAUUAUAAUGUAGCUAUUUUAAUUCAGGCUAAUGCCAUGUGUCAGCUUUAUCUUACUGUUUACCAGAUCC